UUUUUUUCUUUGAUUUGACAUUUGAUUGUUUACAUUUUGUUUGUCAUUUAGAUUUUUAUUGUAAUUAAAACUUUGUGAUUAAUUGAUUGGCUGAUUAUUUGGGUUAAAUGGAUGAUAAACAAUUGGAGGAAAGGUUAGCUCGUUUGAGAGGGCAGCCCACAAAUAGGAAAUGCGACCCACCGAUUACCGUUUUCAUCAAUCAACAAGCAAAUAAAACUGAACCUGAACAAACUGAUGAAUUACUCAAGAAGAUGAUUGCUGAAGCUGCUCUUGAUCAAAUUAAUCGUGAAUCAAUAUUAAAAAGGCAACAAUCAACAGAUGAAGAUAUUGCCAAUCGUUUAGCGAGAUUAAGAGGAUUUUCAACUAAUGUUAAACCACCAGAAUUAACUGAACCAAUUGAACUUGAUUCAGAUGAGGAAUGUGAUCAACUGGUAGAAAAGUUAAUUGCUGAAACAUCAUUACCAGUUUUAUCAGAAUCACCUUCAUUGAAUCAAAUGUUAACCGGAACCAAGAAAAAUGUAAAAUCAGCUGAAUGUCAUGAUUCAGAUUCUGAUUCAGUUGGAGAUUCAGAUGAACUUCCUUGGUGUACUCUCUGUAAUGAAGAUGCUUCAAUCAGAUGCUAUGGAUGUGAGAAUGACCUUUAUUGUUCCCAAUGCUUUAGGCAAUUUCAUAGAGAUCCCGACAUGAGGAACCACAAGACUACCGGUUACACAAAGAAAAAGAAAUCAACUAAUUAAUCCAAUAUUCCAAUAACCACAAUCAGAGUAAUAAGGACCAAAAUAAUCUCUUCGAACCUUGAAAUGUUCAAUCAAUUUACCAUAAAGAUAAUUUCCACCAUUUUGAAGCCUUAUUAAUGUUUCCACAAUCUAUUAAUUAGACCGAUUAUCUAUUAUCCAAUUUCAUUUAAUCCAAUGGUUAGGAUUAUAUUUUUUGUUUGUUUGUUUAUCGUUUCAAUGAUUAACCAAAAACAAAUUGUAUCCAAAUAUUAAUCUAAUUGAAACAUAAAGUAACUUCAAUUGUGAUUAACUGUUUA